UUUUAUAACUCGUGCCUGAAGCGCGACACACACCAUUGCGUGGUGACACGCUUCAUGGAGUAUUACUAUUGGCAUGCGAAGGGCGAGCCGGAAGAUGAGUAUUUCGACGAUCUUGAAGCUGUGCAUAUCAUACCUUCUGCAUAUGAGUCAUGGCGUGCAGAUGCAAUGAUGACCUGGGAAGCGCUGUACCGCUGCUUCCCAGCGGCUUGUCGAGUUGGUAUGCACAUGGAUAAUAUCAAUCAUAUUUCCAAUGAUAUCAGCAUGAUACCAGGCAUGCACGCUCAAUUUGGACAAUUCAGGAUGUCCUUAAGCCCACGGCGAGUAUAUACAAGCAUUUUCAACCGUCAUGGCAUCACGAUAUGCAGGGCUUUUCCUACCCUCUACCAUGACCUCCCCGCAGACAGACUCAUAACAUUCAAAACGAAAAUAAACUUCUUUUUUCCAGACCCAAUGCUCCUAGACACACACUUCCGUGUCGCAGAGAUUCUGAGCGCAAGCGGUAUGGGAGAGGUAAUCAGCCAG